AGACGGCGGCGGCGGGCUUGCGUUGAUCGAUCGCGUCGCUGCUACGGUGCGUGCGAGCGAGCGAGGCUGCGAUGGCGAGCGUCGUCAGAGGAGCGGUGGUGGCGGCGGCCGCCGGCGGGGCCGUGGGCGGCGUGGGGGCGACGCCGCACGUCCUUGCGGUGGACGACAGCUCCGUCGACCGCGCCAUCAUCGCAGCCAUCCUUCGGAGCUCCCGGUUCCGCGUGACGGCCGUGGAAAGUGGGAAGAGGGCGCUGGAACUGUUAGGCAAGGAGCCGGACGUGAGCAUGAUAUUCACUGAUUACUGGAUGCCGGAGAUGACGGGGUACGAACUCCUCAAGAAGGUCAAGGAGUCGUCCAAGCUGAAGCAGAUCCCGGUGGUGAUCAUGUCGUCCGAGAACGUGCAGACUAGGAUCAGCAGAUGCCUGGAGGAAGGAGCAGAGGACUUCCUGGUGAAGCCCGUCCGCGCGUCGGACGUGUCGCGCGUCUUCAGCCGCGUGCUCCGCUGAGCACCGCCCGCGGCCCGUGGAGCGGGCGCGGCGGCGGACGGAGGGAGGGAGAUUUCUGCGGGGGCGAGGAGAACCGUGCGUGCCGGCCUGAGCGAACGAACAGGACAGUGCGGCGUUGGUGUGUGUAGUCCAGGGGUCGACAUAGCGGUGUGCUUCUUUUCUAGACGCUGUCGUGUUUGUCAUUCAUAGGAAGAGUUGGUCUCCGUCAGAGUUUUAGUGUUUAGGGUUCUGUUUUCUUUUUGGCGAACUUUUUUUUCUUCUUUCCAGCUUCUUCGAUUUUGCAGUUCAGAACA